AUGUCAUUACUAAUCACCUUGGAAGGAAUCGACGGCAGUGGCAAAACUACCCUGAUUAAUAACCUGCAAAAAAUUGAUGAAUUAAAUCUAAUAACUCAUACAAAGAAAAUAAUUGAGCCGAAUUUACAAGAAGGCAAAUUAGUUAUAAUUGACCGUUAUAUUGAUAGCACUUUUGUUUAUCAGGGAUUAGAAGGAGAAAUAGGAAUUAACAACAUUCAAGAAAUUGCCAAAAGAACGAUUGGUUUAUCGCUGCCUGAUAUUACUUUUAUCCUUGACAUUGACCCCCUGCAAGCCCAAGCAAGAUUAAAAAAAAGAAAGUUGGAGACUGAAAGAAUUUAUAUUAUUAAUGCUGAAAGAAACGAGACUGAAAUAUUAGCAGAAGUUCAAACUAUAAUUAAAAAAUGCUUGCCUGAGAAGGAUAAGGGAAAUAAUUUACCAAAAAAAGGUGAAACGCCAGAGACAGCUGCCAAAAGAGAAUUAUUUGAAGAAACUAACCUAGUGGUGAAAAAUUUGGAAAAAGUUGUGGCAGAAAAUUUCUUUUACGCCAAUUUACCGAAAGAUAGCCAGCAUUGA